CCUUCAGAUUUGCUUAAUAUGAGGGAUUGCAACUUAGAUUGCCUCCCUGAAAAUUACCAAAUGAAAUACUAUUUCUACCAUGGUCUUUCUUGGCCUCAAUUAUCAUACGUUGCCGAGGCUGAUGACGGCGAGAUCGUUGGCUACGUUUUAGCAAAAAUGGAAGAAGACCCUGAAGAUAUGCAAUAUGGACAUAUAACCUCUUUAGCGGUCAAGAGGACAUACCGGCGCCUUGGCCUAGCUCAGGCGUUAAUGAAUCUCGCUUCUAAGGCAAUGAUAGAUACUUUUGGGGCUAAAUAUGUGUCACUUCAUGUUAGAAGAAGCAACAGAGCUGCAUUGACACUAUAUAGAAAGACACUGGGCUUUGAGAUAGCGGAUGUCGAGCCGAUGUACUAUGCUGACGGCGAGGAUGCUUUCGCAAUGCAUUUAUGGCUUUCGCCUAAGAAGGAAAGAAACAAUGAAUAA